CGCCUCUCUGCCACCCGCCUAGCAUUAGAGACGUAUUUGGCCAGCACAUACAAAACCGCAGCAAAAUGCCGUCCAAGCUCGCCCUCGCACUCGCACUCUCGCCCGUUCGCUGCUGCGUCCGGAAAAAAAACGCGCAAGCGCGAAGCGAUGCAAGCAAAAAGGCCGGCACUCAUUGACGAUGCAUCUUAGUCAGCACAUCAACCGCGAGGCCGCGCGGCGCUCGCUGCAAAACGCCUUCGCACCGCGCGCGCUCUUGCGCGCAAAAGAAAGGUGCACAAGUGCAUGCACGCACCUGCACCAAACGCUUCGCGCCGACCGCCGCCCCGAACGCGAGCGACUGACUGACUCCACCGCGCGCGCAGGCCGCCGCGUUCGCGCCGGCGCCCGCGAAGGCCGCCCCGCGCGCCGCGCCGCUCAACGCCGUCGGCCUCUACUACUCGACGACGACGGGCAACACCGAGACCGUCGCGGGCUACCUCACGGCGGCCACGGGCAUCGAGGCCGUCGACAUCGACAGCGUCGACGACGAGACGCUCACGUCGAUGGACGCGCUCAUCUGCGGCGCGCCCACCUGGCACACGGGCGCCGACGAGCAGCGCUCGGGCACGGCCUGGGACGAGUUCCUCUACGACCGCCUCCCGUCGCUCGACCUCAGCGGCAAGAAGGUGGCCAUCUUCGGCCUCGGCGACCAGGGCUCCUACGGCGACAACUUCUGCGACGCCGCGGGCGAGCUCUACGACUGCUUCUCGGCCCAGGGCGCCACCAUGGUCGGCCUCACGGCGACGGACGACUACGACUACUCGGACUCCAAGGCGCUCCGCGACGGCAAGUUCUGCGGCCUCCUCUGCGACGAGGACAACGAGUACGACAAGAGCGAGGGCCGCGCCAACGACUGGGUCGAGCAGCUCAAGGGCGAGGGCGUCGCCUUCUAAGGCGCUCGCCUAGGACCCCCCGGCCGCGGCGAGAAGCGCGCGCGCGCCGUCUCUAACGACACCUAUAUGCCUGUC